AUGCCUCCAAUCAUGUCAAACCUCACCUCUGUGAGAGAAUUCAUCCUCAUGGGAUUUCCCACCAGUGAAAAUCUGUCCAUCUUGAAUUCUUUGUUCUUCUCCUUGGUUUACUGCUAUGCCCUGAUGGGAAAUAUCCUCAUUAUCACUAUCACAACUUGGGCCCAGAAUCUCCGCACCCCCAUGUAUUUUUUUCUGAAGAAUUUGUCCUUCUUGGAUCUCUGCAUGAUUUCAGUCACCGUGCCCAAAUCCAUAGCCAACUCUGUGACCCAGGACCACUCCAUCUCCUUCCUUGGCUGUGCCACACAGGUCUUUCUCUUCAUUUUGACUGCAGCCACUGAGCUACACCUCCUGACGGUGAUGAGCUUUGAUCGCUAUGCAGCCAUAUGCCAUCCUCUGCACUAUGACCUCAUCAUGAACAGGGGCCUGUGUGUGCAGAUGACAGCUGGGUCCUGGGUGGGUGGAUUUCUGCUAGCUUUGAUGCACACAGCUAGCACCUUCUCCUUAUCCUUCUGUGAUUCCAAUGUGAUCCAUCAGUUCUUCUGUGACAUCCCCCAGCUAUUGGCCAUUUCCUGCUCAGAAAGUUUAUUAAGAGAAACUGUACCCAUUCUCAUCAAUGUUCUGACGGUUACCUGCUGCUUCACGUUCAUUGUCAUUUCUUAUGUCUAUAUCUUCUCCACAGUCAGGAAGAUUCCAUCCUCGGGAGGCCGCUCAAAAUCCUUCUCCACCUGCAUCCCACAUCUGGUAGUGGUCCUUCUGUUUCUCUCUGCUGGUGCAUUUGCUUAUCUGAAGCCAAUUUCAGAGUCCCCUUCCAUCUCUGACUUUGUCGUUUCUGUGUUCUACACCAUGGUGCCCCCUACCUUAAAUCCCAUCAUCUAUAGUCUACGAAAUACUGCCAUGAAGAUGGCAGUGGGGAUGUUGUUCAAGAGAAUACUCACCUAA